GUAUGUCUGUAUGUAUGAUGUGUAUAUAUAUAUAUAUACAUUUUCUGUGUGUGUAUUCCAUUAUGCAGUGAUUAUUAAAAGUGCAUUCUGGUAUACUACAUAACAAAUAUUUUUUUAAUUUCAUUAUUCUCUACUAAAUUAGAAAUACACACGAUAUUUUGCGUAUAUAUAUAUGUGUGUGGUGUGUGGUGUGUUGUGUGUGGUGCAAUUGUAUCUCUUUAUGAUUCAACAAAAUAAAAAAUACAAUUAUUUAUAAACAUGUUAUCAUGCAUCUAUGCAGUAACUUUUAUAUACUAUAAAGCAUGGUAAAUUAAAUAAACAUGAGGAUCACAUCAUGUUACUUUAGAAGGCUCAUAAUAACUGCAUUAAUAAUUGCAGUAAUAUUUUGUAUUGGUCAAGUACUUAGAUCCGAACUAGGAUUUAACGAUGACCUUUCAAAUUAUGAUAAACUUGUGCAUAUGUCACAAUUGAUAAAAGAAUCAGUCGAACAAGAUACUUUGUAUCUAGGAAAUGGAAUUCCAGCAUGUAAAUUACCAGAAUUAAAGGUUUCUAAUCCAGAAAUAAUGAAAUUUAUAAACAAAGUACCUCCCAUAAUUUGUACGCCUGAAGAUUGGGUAAAAGUUGACAAAACAAGGCUUAUAGUCGAUAGGGAAAUAAAAAAUAAGUAUGGACGAUUAAUGUGCACAUUUAGUGAGAUAAUUAGGAUAGAUGAUUUUAGUAUAAAAUAUUCAGACCCGGUGGAAGCUGAUGAUUUUUACAUUCCCAGAUAUAGUGAUUUUGUUGAUGUAAAAUGCACUUCAGAAAGUAAAAGAAAAUGGCAUAGUGUCCUAGCUGGAGUCAAAUUAGACUUUGAAAUCAAAAAGAAGUAUAAUUGGGAUAAUGUUCCAAAUAAUUCACUCAAAUUAAAUGUACUGAUGUUUGGUUUUGAUUCUUUAUCUCGUAAUACAUUUAUACGAAAAUUACCUAAAACGUACCAUUAUCUGAAACAAGAUUUGAAUACAUUAGUUUUGGAAGGAUAUAAUAUAGUAGGAGAUGGUACUCCGCAAGCUCUCAUCCCCAUUCUAACGGGAAAAAUUGAACUUGAAUUACCAGAGACACGUAAACGUAUGCAUCAGAAAGCACACUAUGUUAAUAUAUAUCCGAUGGUUUGGAAAGAAUAUAAGGAAAAGGGAUAUAUAACGGGAUUUAUGGAAGAUGUUCAUCAGAUUGGAACAUUUACUUAUCGUUUAAAAGGUUUUAAAGAACAACCCACCAAUCAUUAUAUGAGAACAUUUUACUUGGCUGCAGAGCGAUAUUUUCGUAAUUACAACAAGUAUUGUAUGGGAAGCAUUCCACGCCACAUGGUGAUGCUAAAUUAUAUAAAAACAAUUUUUGAUACUUACAAAGAUGAACCUAAAUUUAUAUUUGGUUUUCAUGGAGAAUUAUCUCAUGAUUCUUAUAAUGAUAUUGGUGCUGCGGAUGAAGAUUUGUAUCUUUGGGUAAAACAGUUACAAGAUUCUGGUCACUUGAACAAUACUGUUUUAAUACUGAUGAGUGAUCAUGGUCAUAGAUUUGCAGAAAUUCGUAAUACUUUGCAAGGUAAACAAGAAGAACGAUUACCGUUCUUUUCUUUCACUUUCCCGCCUUGGUUCAAAAAAGUACAUUCACGUGCCUAUGAAAAUUUUUUAUAUAACACAAAGCAUUUAACAACACCGUUUGAUAUACAUAAAACAUUACAAGCUAUAUUAAAUUUUGAGAGUCCAAAAGAAGGAGAUCGUUAUCAAAGAGCUAUUAAUUUAUUUGACAAGAUCCCUUUGGAGAGAACAUGCGCGGACGCAUUCAUAGAGCCACAUUGGUGUGCUUGCCUUAGUUGGAAAGAAAUACAAGUUGAUAAUCCCAACGUUAUUGCCGCUGCCAAGUUUUUCGUUCAAUUCCUUAAUUCCUAUACAGAGGAACAUCGUGAUAUAUGUGAAACUUUAAAGUUAAAUCAAAUAUUGUGGUCUGCUAAACUUCUACCCACUAAAGGUUUAUUAAAUUUUCACAAAUCUGGAGAUCAGGAUGGCUUCAUAGCAGAUCUCAGUGCAAAAACUGAGCUAACAUCUGAGAUAUAUCAAAUAAAAGUAAAAACAGAACCAGGUGGUGGAUUGUUUGAAGCAAGCAUUACUUAUAACAUCAAAAAGAACCUUUUUAAUACUAGAAUUUCUGAUGUCAGUAGGAUUAACAAAUAUGGAUCACAAGCUAGGUGUGUGGAAAAUUCGCUAUUCCAUUUACGCAAAUAUUGUUACUGUAAAGAUUAAUUAUUCUAUAUAUAUAUAUGCAUACACAUAUACAUGUAUGUGUAUAUAUAAUAUUUAUAAUUGAUUAUAAGCACAUUACCAAAGGCCAUUUAUUAGAUUCAAAAUUUUUGAUAUAACUAAUAUAUAGAUUCUUCUAAGUAAUAUUUUACCAAUGAUGUUAUAUCAACAGAGAUAACAAAAUAUACUGUUUUAACAACGUCUAA